UAUUUCUUUUUCAGUUUUAAAUAUGCUUCAUUCAAAUUUAGAUGACUGGAGAAUAUGUUUAAAUUCCAAAAUAACUAAAAUCCAUGUAAAUAAUAUAUUGGGUUCCCUUAAUUGAAGGUAAAUAUUACCAUUAAAAAUUGAAAAGUCACAAUGAAGGAGAAACUAUUCUGUAAACUGGCUAUUUGGUACACAAAGGAAAAUGGGAAAUUUUGUCAGGAAUAUUUGUGAAAUGAACUCCAUUUAAUAAUGUUCCAUCAAAUAAAGUAGUGUAAGUAAGUGUGCAACAUUAGUUAGAAUGAAAAAAAUAAAAUUAUGCCUAGAUUUGAAGGCCUAACUAAUUAUUUAUCAGUUUCUGAUGGAUGGUCUAAUUAAUACCUAUGAAAUAAUUAGGGCAUUACAUUUAAUCUCUACAAUAAUACACUGAAAGACAUGCAUUAGUUAUAGGUGUUAAAAGUAUACGUUUACAUAUUCUUCAUUAUAGAUUUUCUUUUUAAAGGGACCAUAACAUGCUGCUUUCUCUCAAGAGCCCCUCUGAUUAAUCCUCACACCAGAAACAACAAAGUCGGUGCUGGCCUAAGUUCAGCCAGGAUUCCUGGGCCCUGCUGUGCAGGGAGUCUCGUGAGGAAGGACCGAAUCAUAUCUCAGUCUCCAGGCCCACUUGGUUCUUGGCAUCUCCGCUGAGAGUUGCUCAGGCUACUGAUGAAUUUUAAAUGCAGUGUUUUGGAGUGUGAGGUGGACAUGUCUUGUAGGAACAGGAUUGAUAGCAGCAUGUGAUUCCUCAGAGGCCGUGGAAUAACUGGCAGAUGACCUUUACUGGUGUCUACCUCAUUUUGUUCAAAGUGGGCUGCUAAGGCACGGUACUGCAGCAUAUUCUCCUGGGACUUAUAAUAAACGAAAGCAUGCAUUGCAGCAGUAGGGUUAGUUGAAAAGGUCAUGUUUUAAACUAGGAAAAUGAGAGUGUUAAUGUUCCUUGUAACUGUGUACAAAGUAGAUCGUGUAGGAUGCAAGAGGAGAUUGCUAAGAUUGAAGUGAGAAAUGAGGCCUUUUCCGUGAAAGCAGUUGACACAUAAAGGAGCAUCUAUGCUUGUGAACUUGAAGGGAAAUAAGAGUUGAGAAUAGAAAGCUCAUCAGUCAGUGAGGUUUCACAAUAAACAAUUGCAUGGUCUGUGCCCUAAUGCUGUGGGGAAAACAGCAAUGGCAGGAAUCAAUGGAACAAUAGAGUGAACCGGGUGUCCAGAGAUACAGGCUUCCAAAGCCAUUGUCUACCUGGACUCCUCUGUGGCCAGUCUCUUCACCUAUAUGGAUUUAAUUUCCUCAUUAAAAGAGAAAGAAAAAUUCCAAACAGGUGAAACAGUCUUUGAUUCUACCUGUGAGUGUUGAUCUAUAAUGAAAGGUCAGUGAUUUUCACUAGCUUUCAAUGAUUUUGCUUCUUGAAUGAAUUACAGAGAUGGAGGAAUAUAGAAAACGGUUCAAGGAGAGGUAAUUCUUCACCUUCGCUCUACUGUUGUUGAAUAAACAUCAUGAUCCUUCAAACCAAAAAUGUGGGGGAAGAAAGAAAACUGUGUCUUUCAGCAGCAUGCCAUCGGAAAAGAAAAUUAGCAGUGCGAGCGACUGCAUCAGCUUCAUGCAAGCUGGCUGUGAACUCAAGAAGGUCCGGCCAAACUCCCGCAUUUACAACCGUUUUUUCACCCUGGACACAGACCUCCAAGCUCUUCGCUGGGAGCCUUCCAAGAAAGACCUUGAGAAAGCUAAGCUUGAUAUUUCUGCCAUAAAAGAGAUCAGACUGGGCAAGAACACAGAAACGUUUAGAAACAAUGGCCUUGCUGACCAGAUUUGUGAGGACUGUGCCUUUUCCAUAGUCCAUGGGGAAAACUACGAGUCUCUGGAUCUGGUUGCCAAUUCAGCAGACGUAGCAAAUAUCUGGGUGUCAGGGUUACGGUACCUGGUUUCUCGGAGUAAGCAACCCCUUGAUUUUAUGGAGGGCAACCAGAGCACACCAAGGUUCAUGUGGUUGAAAACUGUGUUUGAAGCAGCAGAUGUUGAUGGGAAUGGGAUUAUGUUGGAAGACACCGCUGUAGAGUUAAUAAAACAGCUCAACCCUACCCUGAAGGAGUCCAAGAUCAGGUUAAAGUUUAAAGAAAUCCAGAAGAGCAAAGAGAAACUAACCACUCGAGUGACAGAAGAGGAAUUUUGCGAAGCUUUUUGUGAACUUUGCACCAGGUCAGAAGUAUAUUUCUUACUUGUACAGAUAUCUAAAAACAAAGAAUAUUUGGAUGCCAAUGAUCUGAUGCUCUUUUUAGAAGCUGAGCAAGGAGUCACCCAUAUCACUGAGGAUAUGUGCUUAGACAUUAUUCGGAGAUAUGAACUUUCUGAAGAGGGACGCCAAAAAGGGUUUCUUGCAAUUGAUGGCUUUACCCAGUAUUUGUUGUCACCAGAAUGUGAGAUUUUUGAUCCUGAGCAAAAAAAGGUUGCCCAAGAUAUGACCCAGCCCUUAUCUCACUACUACAUCAACGCCUCUCACAACACCUAUCUCAUAGAAGACCAGUUCCGGGGGCCGGCUGAUAUUAACGGGUAUGUCAGAGCUUUGAAAAUGGGCUGUCGAAGCAUUGAACUUGAUGUAAGUGAUGGUUCAGAUAAUGAACCAAUCCUCUGUAAUCGAAAUAACAUGACAACACACCUUUCCUUUCUAAGUGUCAUAGAGGUGAUAAAUAAAUUUGCCUUUGUUGCUUCUGAAUACCCACUCAUUCUGUGCUUGGGGAAUCGCUGCUCCCUGCCACAGCAGAAGGUAAUGGUCCAACAGAUGAGAAAGGUUUUUGGCAAUACGCUCUAUACGGAAGCACCUUUGCCAUCAGAAUCCUACCUCCCAUCUCCAGAAAAAUUAAAAAGAAUGAUCAUUGUGAAAGGAAAGAAAUUGCCUUCUGAUCCAGAUGUUUUAGAAGGAGAAGUAACAGACGAAGAUGAAGAAGCUGAAAUGUCUCGAAGGAUGUCAGUAGAUUACAAUGGUGAGCAGAAACAAGUCUGGCUGUGUAGGGAGCUCUCUGAUUUGGUAUCUAUCUGUCAGUCUGUUCAGUACAGGGAUUUUGAACUGUCUAUGAAGAGCCAAAACUACUGGGAAAUUUGUUCAUUUAGUGAAACAGAGGCCAGCCGAAUUGCAAAUGAGUAUCCAGAGGAUUUUGUAAAUUAUAAUAAGAAGUUCUUAUCAAGAAUCUAUCCUAGUGCCAUGAGGAUUGAUUCCAGUAACUUGAAUCCACAAGACUUUUGGAAUUGUGGCUGUCAGAUUGUGGCAAUGAAUUUUCAGACUCCUGGUCCGAUGAUGGACCUUCACACAGGCUGGUUUCUUCAAAAUGGGGGUUGUGGUUAUGUUCUGAGGCCGUCCAUCAUGCGAGAUGAAGUUUCUUACUUCAGCGCAAAUACAAAGGGCAUUGUACCUGGGGUGUCUCCUCUGGCUCUUCACAUCAAGAUCAUCAGUGGGCAGAAUUUUCCAAAGCCCAAGGGAGCGUGUGCCAAAGGGGAUGUCAUAGAUCCCUAUGUUUGUAUAGAGAUACAUGGAAUUCCGGCAGACUGCUCCGAGCAAAGAACUAAAACCGUACAACAAAACAGUGAUAAUCCUAUUUUUGAUGAAACUUUUGAGUUUCAAGUAAACCUGCCUGAGCUGGCCAUGAUCCGCUUUGUUGUUCUGGAUGAUGACUACAUCGGGGAUGAGUUUAUAGGGCAAUACACAAUACCGUUUGAAUGUUUGCAGCCUGGAUAUCGGCACGUUCCCCUGCGCUCUUUCGUGGGUGACAUCAUGGAGCACGUAACCCUUUUUGUCCACAUAGCAAUAACUAAUCGAAGUGGAGGAGGCAAGGCACAGAAGCGCAGCCUUUCGGUGAGAAUGGGGAAGAAAAUUCGGGAAUGCACCAUGCUCAGGAAUGUCGGUCUUAAAACCAUAGAUGACGUCUUUAAAACAGCACUUCAUCCCUUGCGAGAAGCCAUAGAUAUGAGAGAAAAUAUGCAGAAUGCCAUCGUGUCUGUUAAGGAGCUGUGUGGACUUCCUCCUAUCGCCAGUCUAAAGCAGUGCCUGUUGACCCUGUCCUCUCGGCUCAUCGCCAGUGACAAUUCUCCCUCAGUCUCUCUUGUGAUGAAAGAUAACUUCCCUUAUCUGGAGCCUCUGGGGGCAAUUCCAGAUGUGCAGAAAAAGAUGCUGGCUGCUUAUGAUCUGAUGAUUCAAGAGAGCCGGUUUCUCAUAGAAAUGGCAGAUACAGUCCAGGAAAAGAUUGUGCAGUGUCAGAAAUCAGGGAUGGAGUUCCAUGAGGAACUUCAUAAUCUGGGGGCAAAGGAAGGCUUGAAAGGAAGAAAACUCAACAAGGCCACUGAGAGCUUUGCUUGGAACAUUACAGUGUUAAAGGGCCAAGGAGAUCUGUUGAAGAAUGCCAAGAACGAAGCUAUAGAAAACAUGAAGCAGAUCCAGCUGGCGUGCUUGUCUUGUGGACUUAGUAAAGCCCCCAGCAGCGGUUCCGAGGCCAAGAGCAAGCGCAGCCUGGAAGCCAUAGAGGAGAAGGAAAGUGGAGAGGAGAACGGGAAGCUGUGACCCCGGGCAGGUCACCCGUCCUUCCUGUCGUGGACUCUGGUUUUUCUUUCUUGUUUUCUUUCUUUAAGCUUUUUAAAAGUUCACAAAAAGAUGCCCUCUGUGGGGUGUUGGACAUAAACAGAUAUUUUCACAGUGUCAGUAUUUUAUCGUAGUUAAUUUAUCUAAGUUAAAAUCUUUAGUAACAGUUUUAAAUUCUGAGGUGUGUGUACACACCCAUGUAUGGAUGUGGGUGGAAGUGUGUGUAUGUGUAUGUGUGUGUGUGAGAGAGAGAGAGAGGGAGAGACAGAGAGAGAGAGAAAAAGAGAGAGAGAGAGAGAAAAAGAGAGAGAGAGAGAGAGACUGUUAAAAUCUAUUCUGUGUUGCAUUAUUCAUUAGUAAGUUAUUACUUAUCAUUUGGGGACAAAUUUGUUAAUCUGAAAUCCUAAAGAGCACUUACUAUAACCUGUUGCUGUGUUUAAUUUUACUUCUCUACAUUUGUCAUUUAAUUUAGAGAUCUUAACAUAGCUUCUUAUUGAAGGAAGCCAAAUUUACCAAUGCAUAGAUGCUUUGAUAGAUUAAAUGUAGAUUAGGAAAAGUCCUAAAAAUCACAGUAGAAACAAAAGUGAAUGAAAGAUAAACAAAUGAUCAGAAUUUCUGAAAAGAUCAGCAAAGUCAUUUAUUUCUUCAGUUAGUGAACUCUUUAAAGUAUUUAUUAAAUAAAAUCAAUUUUUAGAAAGUUUUCUGUAGUUGUUUACUAAACAGAUAUGAUUUCAAAGGAAAAGCUGAUCAUAAGUGAAUUUAUUUACCCACCACUGUGGUACUCUGAAAGGCUGAGAACUCUGUUGUAAUUAGGGUUUUGGUGUGACAAUAAGACUCAGUUAUGAAAUUUCAGGGUUGAGAUUUGUGGGAAGAUCUCAUUCUUCCAAACUGGGAGUCUAGCAUUCGUUUUCUUUAACAGACAUGGCAGCUCGGAGGUUUUGGCUUUGCUCAAAUUUAAUUUAGAGUACUAAAUUUAAAAUAUUGUUCAAAUAAUACCAUAGCACAUUGAGCUGAUAGAAGUUCUGUGGGUCGGAUAACAUCUUCAUGAUGGUUUAAGAACUAACUGAUUACAAAGCAUCUGUGAUAUGACUUUAACACGUGAAGAAAAACAUACACACAAAAGAAGCAAAUGACUCAUUAGGGUACAUUUAUAAUUGCAUCCAGAUCAUUUUUACCCUAAUUUCUUCAUGAAGUGCUUGAGUGUAAUAUGUUUGUUACCUCCAACAGAACUAAAUGUUCUAUGAUUAUGAAAAUAUAUUUAUUUAAAACAUUGCUUUUAUUUUGAAAAGCUUCUUAAUUAAUUUGAUUAACAAAUACGCGAAUUUGGGGGAACAUAGGGAAGAUAAUUGUUGAAAUUUUGCAAAUAUAAACAUCUUAUAUAGCUACCGUGUUAAGUUAUUUCUGACUUCUUAACACUAUUAUGUUCAUGUUGCACAUUACUGAAAGAGUAAAGAUAUGAAACAACA